AUGUCUGCGGCCGAUGAGCACGCGUUAAACCGAGGAGAAGAAGGCGAGAUGGCAGAGAUGGAGGAAGAGGUGGAGGAGGACGAAGGGGUGGAGAUGGAAGAUGAAGGAGUGGACGGAGACGCGGGGAAGAAGGUGUACGUCCCCGGCAUCGAGCCGCUCCAGCCCGGAGAGGAGCUGGAGAUGGACCGCUCCGCGUACCGCGUGUACCACGAGUGCCAAACAGGUGCUCCGUGUCUGAGCUUCGACGUGGUGAAGGACGGAGACGGAGACGGCAGGCAGCAGCUGCCGCUGUCCAUGUUGCUGUGCGCCGGAACGCAGGCGGAAACAGCCGCGAAGAACAGACUUCUGGUGAUGCGCAUGCACAACCUUCAUGGAACAGAGAAGGAAAACGAAGAGGAGGAAAGCAGCGAUGAAGAGGAAAGCGAUGAAGAGGAGGAAGAGGAUAAGAAGCCACAGCUGGAACUGGCCAUGAUGCCUCACUAUGGAGGGGUUAACAGAGUUAGAGUGACCCAGUGUGGCGAGCUCCCAUUGGCUGCAGUGUGGUCGGACAAGGGACAGGUAGAGAUAUUCGACCUUCGACCUCAGCUGGAGGCCGUCCACAGUUCUGCUGCCAUGGCGACGUUCGUCCAGCAGCAGAAAGAAGCUACACCACUGUUCAGCUUCUCAGGACACAUGAGUGAAGGCUUCGCAGUUGAUUGGUCCCCUAAAGUCCCAGGUCGCCUCGUCAGCGGCGACUGCAGAAAGAACAUCCACGUGUGGGAGCCUCGCGAAGGUGGAGCCUCGUGGCAGAUCGACCAGAGACCGUUCAGCUCCCACAGCCAGUCGGUGGAGGAUCUGCAGUGGUCUCCCACCGAAGCCACAGUUUUUGCGUCUUGCUCUGUUGAUCAGUCCAUCCGUAUCUGGGAUAUCCGUGCCCCGCCAAACUCCAUGCUCUCAGCCAACGAGGCUCAUUCGUCAGACAUCAACGUAAUCAGCUGGAACAGGAGCGAGCCGUUCCUGCUGUCAGGAGGGGACGACGGACUCCUGAAGGUCUGGGACCUCCGACAGUUUAAGACGGGUCGUCCGGUGGCCAGCUUCAAGCAGCACUGCGGCCCCAUCACGUCCGUGGAGUGGAGCCCGGUGGACUCGAGCGUGUUCGCCGCCUCCGGGGCGGACGACGUCAUCAGCCAGUGGGACCUCUCCGUGGAGUCCUGCGACGUGGGCGCCAGGGUGGAGGGGGUGAAGGAUCUGCCCCCGCAGCUGCUGUUCCUGCACCAGGGCCAGUCGGAGAUCAAGGAGAUCCACUGGCACCCACAGAUGCCCGGCGUGAUGAUCUCCACCGCCCUGUCAGGCUUUAACGUCUUCAGGACUAUAUCUGUGUAGGCCGUGGAUGUGUGUGUGUGUGUGUGAGUGAGUGUGUUUUACAUUUAGUCGUAAAUAUGUGAAUGGAACUUGUAAUAAUGUAUAUAACCUGGCUAUGUAAGUAAUAACUAUUUCUGACAUUUACUGGCAGAGAAAAGCGCAUAAUGAAUUAUCUGUAUGUUCUACAGAUGUACAAACCCUUUUAGACGUUUCCUCUUGUACGCUAACAGUAAACAGUUUAAAUUAUGAUCUGCUUUGUUUCUACUCUUAAAGAAAAAAUUACUUCAUGCUAAAAGAAUAUUCACAGUGUAAUUAGAUGAGAAGAAAUUAGUCAAUUUACCUCAUCAGUGAUUGACAUAAUCUAGCAGUAAAAUAUUUCAUUGGGAUUUUAAUGGCUAGAUCAACACACAGUAAUGUGUCAGUUUAAUCUUUUUGGGUUUUUGUAAUACUUAAAUAUUAUAGUCAAAAUAAUAAUAUAAUAUAGUCAAUACUUAAAUAAUAUAGUCAAUACUUUGCAGAACCAGGUUACAGCUGCUCUGAUUGGUUGUUUUUCACAUAUAGUGACUUAUGCUAAUUCUUUGCAAACUGCCUCAUUCGCAGUAAGUUUGUGGAGCUGAAUGGUUAGCAUGCUUUCAUAAACAGAUUUUCAAACCA